CUCCCGUGUUGAGGGAGUGAGUUAAAAACAGGACCGUGUCCAGCAGACAGCCACCCAUCUAAGAGUCAGUCGCAGCAGACAGAUCACGUCUCCAGUCUCCUCUCCUCGCUGCCGCCUCAUUUCUCAUCUCAUAUCAUAUCCCAUUCUCUCCAUUAACGACUGUGAUUGAUUCAUAAUCAGAAUGUUUCGAACAUGGAGCAAAGCUAUUAUUCCACUCUCCAAAUUUCGUACUCCAAUGCACCAAACCUACGCUAGGGUUGCAGCUGCACCACCACCACCACCACCACCAAUCAUAGAUCAAAAAUUCGAACCUACGGUUAACCUAGACAAAAUGUUUUGGUCUAAACCCUGUUCUUUGGCACUUCCCCUCGAUUCUCCUCUUCGAGUAAAUGAGCCUGAUUAUCAGGGGUUUAAGCGUUUCAUAUUUAAACUCAUGCUCUUUUAUAGUAAGCAGAGUAAAUCAAUUCGAGGGGCUAAUGUUGUUUACCGAAGAAUUGUUUCACAAGUUGAUAAACCCCUUAUUUAUGAAGUGUUUAACUUGGAGAAAACAUUCAAAACAACAUUUUCUUUGCUUGUACUUCACAUGUGGUUUUACUUGCGCCGCGUUAAGCAAGAGGGAAAUGAUGGCGUUGAAUUUGGGCAGUACCUUUAUGAGAUUUACAAUCAUGAUGUGGAGCUUAGAGUCUCCAAAGCUGGGGUUAACCUACUAUUGAUUAAGUGGAUGAAGGAGCUGGAGAAGAUCUUUUAUGGGAAUAUCGUUGCUUAUGAUGCUGCUAUACUUCCAGAAGCUAAACCGAGUGAUUUUGCUACUGUUAUAUGGAGGAAUAUAUUCUCCGACGAUGGUUCUUCAACACCAGAUGAAGCUGCAUGGCAAUCAGUGCAGGCGUUGGCCAGGUAUGCUCGACGGGAAGUAAAUUGCAUGACUUUAACAGAUAAAGAAGCACUAUUGUCGGGGAAUUUCAUGUUUACCUCUUUAAAGGAUGAGAUCAGAAGCAAAGAGGGGCAUCAAUUAUAAAGUAAUGAUUUCUAAAUGUGUGACUCAGUAAAUGUAAAAUACAUGCUGUUCUUUUUUUUUUGUUAACAUUAUUUUUUCAAUAAUCACGAUAAAAGAUUGUAUUGUUCUCCAUAAGGCUUUAUUAUUCAAUUAGUUUGAUGUUGACAAACUAGAAUUUUCAUUUUCUUGCUCAUACAAGUGAUAAAAGAAACGGGCAGAAGUGAUUGGGAAAUAUUUGUUUCUCCUGUUGUUCUUUGUUCCUCUUUAGAUUGUCAAAAUAUUCUUGCCUAUUUUA